AUGUUCCGUCCCCACAUGGUAUUCACCAAGAAAGAUGAUAUAAACUUCAGAAUUGUGACUCUUCUCCAAAUUCCACUGGUGUCUACACUGGGAUAUUUCUUCAAAACGAGAAGCCCAAAUAAAGCAACAGUUUCAAAUGCAGUGUUCUUCCCUUUGAGUAAACUCCAAGCCGCCUUCCUUUCUACAUUCCUUUCGCCGCCUCUAAUUAUUCCACUUCCUUUUCCAUUGCAAGCAAUCAGAUCAGAUGCCAUCUACAUGGAAAGAAGAAGCCAAUACGGUUAUGCUCUGUUCUUCGCAGCCAUCACCACCUCCGCCAUCCUCUCCUCCGCCUUCUGCGUCGCCUCAGAAUUCAAGAAAUCGAAGAAAAAUGAUCUCAAAUUCGAUGGAAAGCUGUGUUACUUGCCCGGAAGCCAUGCCUUUGAAUUAGGAAUCGCUGCCUUAAUCUGCCUCUCGAUCAGCCAAGUAAUCGGAAGUUCAUUCAUCUGCGGACGUUUCCGAUCAAGAGCGCGCGGCCGCCGUUGUAGGGUCGUCAAUUCUACAGUUCCAUGCGGUUUGGCCGUUCUGUCGUGGAUCACCUUCGCAGUCGCCACAGUCUUAAUAAGCUGCGCCACCAGCAUGAGCCGAAGCCAAGCUUACGGAGAAGGAUGGCUAGACGGCGAGUGCUACCUGGUUAAAGAUGGAGUCUACAUUGGCUCCGCGGUGCUUUCUUUGCUAGCUAUGUUCUCAACUGUUGGCUCUGCCGUCAUUGUGCUAAGGAAAAGGAAAGCCGAAGAUCAGAAAAAGGUCAACAAUAAUAACAAUAAAAAUUCAGAUACCGGCGUGGAAGAACAUGUAAUGAGAGAGAGAUUAUAGUAUAUAAAUGAGUCUCUCCCAACAUUCAUAUACUUCUGAUAUGGCAAUAGAUACAAGUGUAUAAUAGCUUUACAGCAUUAAGUGUGAUGUAACUGAUGUUUCCCCAAAAAGCUUAAGCUAUUAGGGAUUAAUAUCAUUUAUUUAUUUAUCGGGAGUCAACCAAUACCAUCAAAAUGAUAUAAGAAUUUAUGUAUCAAUAAAAAUUGGCCAUUUCU